CUCUAUAAAAGGAGCACUGAUCUGACGUCCACCACUCAAAAAGAGUCCUUGCAAACUUGAUCUCCUUCAGAUCACAGAUCGAGCAGAGAUGGCUCAGCCUAUCAAAUUUGGUAUCGUGGGCUGUGCGGACAUAGCUCGCAAGCUAUCUCGCGCCAUCAAACUCGCUCCGAACGCCACCAUCGUCGCCGUCGGAAGCAGAUCCGAAGAGAAAGCCCGCCGUUUCAUUGCCGACAACGGCCUGCCGGCGACCACGCGGCCGUACGGAAGCUAUGAAUCUCUGCUUGACGAUGCAGAGGUGGAUGCCGUGUACCUACCGCUGCCGACGAGCCUCCACCUCCGCUGGGCGGUGGCCGCCGCUGGCAAGGGUAAACACAUCUUGAUCGAGAAGCCGACGGCGCUCUGCGUCGCGGAUCUUGACCAGAUCCUCGAAGCCUGUGAGACCAACGGCGUGCAGUUCAUGGACGGCACCAUGUGGGUCCACCACCCUCGUACUGCUGAAAUGGAGGAUUUUCUCAGAAAUUCUGAUCAAUUUGGCCAGUUGAAGAUGGUGAGCAGCAUAGCAAGCGUUUAUGCGGACAGUAAUUUCCUACAGAAUAACAUACGUGUGAAGGCUGACCUUGAUUCACUUGGAGCUCUUGGUGACAUUGGCUGGUACUGUAUCCGCGCCAUAUUAUGGGCUUCGGAUUACAACUUACCCAAAACCGCUGUAGCUUUUCCUAACGCAGUCAAGAAUGAAGCUGGUCUAAUACUCUCAUGUGGAGCUUCUUUACAUUGGGAAGAUGGAACCAUUGCAACUUUUCACUGCUCCUUCCUCGCCCACCUAACAUUUGAACUUGUAGCCGUUGGAUCCAGAGGAAAUUUAUCCCUUAGUGACUUCGUAAUUCCUUUUGAAGAGAACUCCGCUCCAUUCACCUUUGUCUCUGAUUCUGGUUUCAAGGAGCUCGUGACAGGAUGGAAGUCAUUGCCCAGCAAGAAGGUUGUCUCAACCUUUUUUCCGCAGGAAGCUCUGAUGAUCACCGAGUUUUCAAGAUUGGUUGGAGAAAUCAAAGAUUCGGGAGCCAAGCCUGAGAAAAAAUGGUCAGUUUUUAGUAGGAAGACACAGGUUGUGCUUGAUGCUGUGAAGGAAUCCAUUGAGAAGGAAUUCAAGGAAGUUGAGAUUGUGGGUUGAGGAGGUUCAUUGUUAUGAUUCUUUCAAAUAAAGUAACCGUUCUACAAGUUAGUUCCAGAUGUCGUUUCUUUUGUUGAUGUUUUGUCAAAUGCAGUUAUAGUUUAUGUAAAUAAAACACUAAGCAAAGGUGUUUAAUUAGUAAUUGAGUUGGCGCAGAUGUUAUAGUUUUGCCGUGCAAAAA